UGGUCUCUAGCUACACUCUAUUUUCUUUUCUUUUCUGUUGUGUUCUCUGUCAUGGCACCAUCUAGUACCAGCGGUUCCCCUUGUGGUGCAUGCAAGUUCCUGAGAAGAAAAUGUGCCUCGGACUGUAUUUUUGCGCCUUACUUCUGUUCGGAACAAGGCCCUGCACGGUUUGCAGCCAUUCACAAAGUGUUCGGUGCUAGUAAUGUUUCUAAAUUAUUGUUGCAUAUCCCAGCUCAUUAUCGUUGCGAGGCGGUUGUCUCCAUUGCUUACGAGGCUCAAGCAAGGAUCCGAGAUCCCGUUUACGGUUGUGUUGCUCACAUUUUCUCCUUGCAACAACAAGUGGCAUGCCUGCAAGCGCAGUUACUGCAAGUCAAAGCUCAGCUAGCUCAAAAUGCCAUGAAUUCACAUACCAUGGAAGGUCAGUGGGAACAAAACCUUUCUGGUUUAUUCCAUUCCAUUCCAAAUUAUCCGAUUUCCCCACAAAGCUCACUUGAAUCGGUUGAAGUCGAACUCAACAGCGCUGACAGUGACACCAUUAAUAUACAAGAAAUACUUGGUAUAGAAAACUUUGCUUUCCAUGGUAAGAGACCAUGUGAUAAUGAUUUGGGUGAGCUUCAAGCGAUUGCCCUUAGAAUGAUGAGAAAUUAAUCAUAAACUGAACCAU